AUGAUGUCAGCUCUGAAGCAGGGCGCAGUGUGCAGUGCUGCCGCCCACGCACAGGCAGCGAGCCUCGAGACCUCUCAGCAGGCCAUGCUACAGGAAGAGCUGUUGAAGUUCUUCGAGGACUCGCCGAACACGCGAAACAUACGUGGCUCCUGGCUGCGGCUGGCGCCGGCGGCGGCAGUCUGCGGACUGCCAGGCUGCCAGGUCUUAGGCCCGGGGUCUCCGAGCCAUUUCCCCUUUCAGGGAAGUCCGAAGGUGACCUCAGUUCAUCUGAAGGAGUUGGUCAUUUCGAGGCUCCCCGAAGGAACUCCUCCUGCAGUGCCUUCCGGGCUCGGCAUGUGCACGCUCUGCGCGCGGCACCGGUGCCUCUGCGGGGGCCUGGCGGCCUUUCUAGGCACGGUCUGCAUCUUUGGAGCAGCAUGUGCAACCAGCAUCUACGUGCGGCUGACGCCUUUGUACAGCACCAUCGAGUGCCGCCACGGGUCCACGCAGAUGCAGAACUUGCACGUGGGUGUGCCUCUGAUCUCCGCCACCAGCUUUGACCUCAUCAUCGAGAUGAAGUGCCAGAACCCGAACCCCUACUCCAUAGGCUUCGAGUGGACCGAGCCGGGUACUGUCUACAUCGGCCGAUCCAUGACGGAGGUGGGACACACCCAGGACGUGCCGGGAAAGGAGAACUACUUCCCAGCAGAUGGGAAUGGAUCCACCUGGGUUAAGGCGAACACCACCAUCAACGCCAAGCUGCUCUCCUCGCUGGCGGGGGACCUGCUCUUCUCCGGGGGCCAGCUGCCCUUGCGCCUGGAGCUGAGGCAGAGGUUGGAGGUGGAUGUGAUGCUCCUCUUCGGGGGCGGCGCUCAGGUGGCGCAGGACUUCGUGAAGGACUGCGGCAUGAUGAUUGGCAACCUGGGCCCCAACCCCAAGAUAGGCCCCAUGGCCUGUGCCAACACCUUUGAUGAGCUGGUCAUCCCCCCUGUCAGUGGGGGCAGCUCCGACGGGGUGAUGCGCUUGGAGGCCAAGAUGGUGGCGCCCAAGAAGAUCCAGCAGGGUAUGGACCUGAAGAACUGGGGCCUUGGGCUCACCAUGGCCGUGUUUUACACUCUGGGCUUGGUACUCUACGUUGUGGCAGGCUGCCUCUUCUGGCGCCACGCAAAGGAUGCGUCGGCCAAGCGAGAGGAGCUGGAGGCCAGCAGCAAUGUGACCAUGGAGCUGGACUCAGCGUCUUGGAUCCAUCAGCUCUUCGAUCAACGCCUCGAUGGCUACACCAGACGCCUCGGCACCUGCAUUGAACAGGAGCCUCCCGAGCCAGGCGCGACGGGCGCGCGAUGGGAAGCUUCCUGGGCAGAUGAGUUCUGCGGAUGGUUGAAAUGGAACUCCGCGAGGUCUCUGACUGCCGACCGCUUUACAACUUUGCUACGGGAGGUCCGGGUCUCGAGACGCGCGGGGCUUUCAGAGCUUCUCAUGACUGGUGAUGUGGUCGCAAAGAAAGCGAUGCCGGGCCGGGCGUAUGAGUGCUUUGGCGGAGAGCCGGCGCCGGACGCGGAGCCGGAGGAAAGAAGCCGAGACUGCUUCGGCAUUUUGGUUCUCCGAAAAGCAGCACCUGCCUACGAGAUUUUGACCUCUUACGUAGGCAUCUACGUGCGGCUGACGCCUUUGUACAGCACCAUCGAGUGCCGCCACGGGUCCACGCAGAUGCAGAACUUGCACGUGGGUGUGCCUCUGAUCUCCGCCACCAGCUUUGUUCCUGGGAUCGAAGACCUCAUCAUCGAGAUGAAGUGCCAGAACCCGAACCCCUACUCCAUAGGCUUCGAGUGGACCGAGCCGGGUACUGUCUACAUCGGCCGAUCCAUGACGGAGGUGGGACACACCCAGGACGUGCCGGGAAAGGAGAACUACUUCCCAGCAGAGCCCUGGCGGAGCGGUAGGCUCUCCUCGCUGGCGGGGGACCUGCUCUUCUCCGGGGGCCAGCUGCCCUUGCGCCUGGAGCUGAGGCAGAGGCCAGCGGCCAGCGGCCGUGGGUUGGAGGUGGAUGUGAUGCUCCUCUUCGGGGGCGGCGCUCAGGUGGCGCAGGACUUCGUGCCCCUCGUCGUGGGCGUGAGGAAGGACUGCGGCAUGAUGAUUGGCAACCUGGGCCCCAACCCCAAGAUAGGCCCCAUGGCCUGUGCCAACACCUUUGAUGAGCUGGUCAUCCCCCCUGUCAGUGGGGGCAGCUCCGACGGGGUGAUGCGCUUGGAGGCCAAGAUGGUGGCGCCCAAGAAGAUCCAGCAGGGUAUGGACCUGAAGAACUGGGGCCUUGGGCUCACCAUGGCCGCGCCUUGGGAUGAGUUGGGCCAUUGGGAUGGGAGGAAGGUGUUUUACACUCUGGGCUUGGUACUCUACGUUGUGGCAGGCUGCCUCUUCUGGCGCCUUGAUCCGAUGAACCUGGCGACGCUUGCGCGCCACGCAAAGGAUGCGUCGGCCAAGCGAGAGGAGCUGGAGGCUCGACGCGUCGACUUGAUUUCACCACGUGCCAUCGCCAUCGAGUCCGCCAUUUUCAGUGGCCUGCUCCUGUCGGCCAGCAGCAAUGUGACCAUGGAGCUGGACUCAGCGUCUUGGAUCCAUCAGCUCUUCGAUCAACGCCUCGAUGGCUACACCAGACGCCUCGGCACCUGCAUUGAACAGGAGCCUCCCGAGCCAGGCGCGACGGGCGCGCGAUGGGAAGCUUCCUGGGCAGAUGAGUUCUGCGGAUGGUUGAAAUGGAACUCCGCGAGGUCUCUGACUGCCGACCGCUUUACAACUUUGCUACGGGAGGUCCGGGUCUCGAGACGCGCGGGGCUUUCAGAGCUUCUCAUGACUGGUGAUGUGGUCGCAAAGAAAGCGAUGCCGGGCCGGGCGUAUGAGUGCUUUGGCGGAGAGCCGGCGCCGGACGCGGAGCCGGAGGACGGCUUCGCCGCCUUCUUCGGCUAUGCCGAGGUGGAGGCCGAAGUGAAGCCGCAGAAGCCGCAGGACGCCUUUCAAGAGUGGUAUGGCUAUGAGGAGUCGGUGCAAGAAGCCCAGAUUAUGCAUCUCCCAGACCGAGAUCCCUGCUCCGUGAACGAUGAGAGCUGCCAGCGACUGGCCGUCGAGGCGACCGAGGCCAGCCUGGCUCUGCUGAAGGAAAUCAUCGAAGAGAAGAGGACAGAGAUGCUGCUUCAGCAGGGUGAUGACAAGCUGCGGCUUCAGCAGGAGAUCUACCUGCUGAAGCUUCAGCAAAGUCGCCUGGCCCACGGGAUCUGGAGUCUUCACAUGGAGCCCGGCACGGAGUUGGACUGA